UUUUUUGUAUGAAUUUCGUGGUAUGAAUAAUAUCUGAAAACAUCCCAAAACAUAUAAUAAAAAUAUAACAAGAAAUAAUAUUUAAAUUAUUUUUAUUCUUCACUUGCGGCAGAUGGCGCCAUAGAAUACAAAAUACCUGCGCGGUAUUCCUGCAAAAAUACAAUUGAAGGUUAUAUUAAAGGUCGCUUAUUUUCAGUUCGGUUAUUCUUUAAAAAUAGUGCUAUACAUUUAAAAUGUAUAACAAUUGGAAUAACAACUACCCUCCUCCUAACUUUAACUAUCCUCCACCUAACGUUCCAUACAAUUAUCCACCGAAUUACACUGGUGAAUAUCCACAAGAUCAAAUGUUUCAAACUGGAUAUCCACCUUAUCCUGAACCGCCUCCUUAUUCAUCAAGUGUUCCUCCUCCAGCAUAUAAUUCCAACUAUCCUCCACCAAAUUAUUAUCCUGGCCAAGAAUUUGCUACUAACUAUGAGUCAAAUAGUUAUCUGCAAGAGGGUCCACAACCACAAACUUCAGGAGCAUCUUCAUCAAGCAGUUACAAAGAUCAGUCUUCACAAUCAACAAAAAGAAGAUAUGAGGAUCGAUCUAGAAGUGCUGGUGAAUCUUCUUCCAGGAAUAGAUCUUCAAGAUCUGAUUAUUAUGACUCAAGAAGAAAAGCACAAGGAUCAAGUUCAAGUUAUGAGAGAAAUAGGGAUUCAAGAGACUAUAGAAGAGAAGAAAGAUCUUCUUCAUAUCACAAAGACAAGUAUUCUUCUUCAAAUAAAGACAGGGAUCGAUACAUGCCAAGAAGUAGAGACUCCAGAUCUAGUCUUGAUGGGAAAAACAGACCAGGUUACAGCAGAGAUACAAGACCACUCAGCAGAGACAGAAAAGAUGAUAGUUUAUUAUCUGAAAGAGAUAGGAUCCUUUGCAAAUGGCAGCAGAAUUAUUGUGAGACCAGCGAACAAGUCAAUAAAAAAAUACAAGAAUUGAGAGAAAACAAUGAAGAAUUUCUUGAAAAAGAAAACUUGAUUUGGACGAGAACGACACCUUCCGAUUUAUUUUAUGAGCGAUGUGAAGAUAAUCCAAAGAUUAUGAAAGCAACGACACGAUUAACAACUUUAUGUGAUUUAUUCGAAGAGAAUUUAGUAAAAAGAGCGGAGAAGAUCAACGCUGGUAAACCAGAGUACAUCCCACCACCAAGGAAAAAUCGUGCUAGAUUGUGCAAAUUGAAAUUUGAGAUGUCAAGUAGUUCUGGUAGUUCAUCUGAAGAGGAAUUAACCGAUGAAGAAGAUUGUACCAUGGAGGAAUUGACACGCAAACAACAACAUCCAUAUAGAUUACACCAGGAAAUGUGGUAUAACGAUCCGGGUGAGAUGAAUGACGGUCCACUGUGUCGCUGUUCGAAUAAAUCGAAAAAAUCCGGAAUUCGACACGGAAUUUACCCAGGCGAGCAGUUUCUGAACUCGUGUGACACCAACACGAAUAACGCGGAUAAACUUUAUCAUUAUCGUAUAACAAUUUCGCCUCCAACCAAUUUCCUUAUUAAAAUACCUACUUUUAUUCAGCAUGACGGUCAUGAGUUUAUUUUCGAAGGGUUUUCUAUGUUUUCGCAUUCGCCUUUAGUCAAACUACCGAUUUGUAAAGUAAUUCGGUUUAAUAUUGAGUAUACUAUUCUAUACAUCGAAGAAAAGGUGCCUGAUUGUUUCACUGUGAGAGAAUUGGACUUGUUUCACGAUUAUUUAUUCAAAGAAAUUUUGGAGCUUGUUGAUUUGGAUUUCAAGGCAGCCGGAGAUAAAACCGGCUGCUCACAGUUUCACUUCAUGCCACGCUUUGUGCGUGAUUUACCAGACAAUGGUAAAGAGAUUUUAUGCAUGAAGGAAGUCUUGCAGUAUUUAUAUGAUAGUUCUGUGCCGUUGAUUGAAAGCACAGCAUUGAAGGAUAUGAUAAAGAUGAGUCAAUCGGAGUGGCAAAGUUAUGCCGAUGAAAUUAAGGGCAUGGUUGUUACAUUCCCAGGGAAGAAACCUUGCUCGGUGCGUGUGGACCAAUUAGAUAGAAACAUUGACUUGCAGGAGGAAGGAAAUUAUAAGUUUCCGGAGAUAGUGCACUUUGGCAUACGCCCACCGCAAUUAAGCUAUGCAGGCAAUCCAGAAUAUCAAAAAGCAUGGCGUGACUAUGUUAAAUUCCGUCAUUUACUGGCAAAUAUGUCGAAACCAACAUACGAAGACAAACGCAAACUAGAAGCCAAGGAAAAUAAAUUACAAGAGAUGCGAACACAGAACAAGAUGAAGCGGGAUGUGACUGUUGCUGUUUCAGCUGAGGGAUUCUAUCGCUCGGGGAUUAUGUGUGAUGUUAUACAACACGCAAUGUUAAUCCCAGUUCUUGUCUGCCAUCUUCGUUUUCACAACUCUUUGAAUAUUCUUGAACAAACAUUAGGUUACAAGUUUCAAAACCGCGCACUCUUGCAACUUGCCCUCACGCAUCCUUCUUACCGCGAAAAUUUCGGUACUAAUCCUGAUCACGCGAGAAAUAGUCUCACAAACUGCGGUAUUCGUCAGCCUGAAUAUGGCGACCGACGUAUUCACUACAUGAAUACCCGUAAACGCGGCAUCAACACCCUAAUUAAUAUUAUGUCACGUUUCGGGAAACAACACGAAACAGAAUCUAAUAUCACUCAUAACGAACGACUUGAAUUCUUGGGUGAUGCUGUCGUUGAAUUUCUUUCAUCUAUACACUUAUUCUACACUUUUCCAAAUCUAGAGGAAGGCGGUCUGGCCACUUACAGAGCCGCCAUUGUUCAGAAUCAACAUUUGGCUGUGUUAGCAAGGACUUUAAACCUUGAUCAGUAUAUGCUUUAUGCGCACGGUUCGGAUUUGUGUCAUGAUCUUGAACUGAGACACGCAAUGGCGAAUUGUUUCGAGGCGUUAAUGGGCGCUUUGUUCCUCGAUGGCGGCAUUCAAAUCGUUGACAAAGUGUUUUCGGAAACACUAUUUAAAUCCGAUCCAGAUUUAUUGGACAUGUGGGUAAAUUACCCACCGCAUCCAUUACAACAGCAGGAACCCCUGGGCGAUCGUGAAUGGAUACCGAAAUUUGAUCUCUUACAAAAACUAACCAACUUUGAGGACAGCAUCGGCGUUGAAUUUAAACAUAUUCGCUUACUUGCGCGUGCAUUCACCGACAGAAGCGUGGGUUUUACAAAUCUAACCCUGGGAUCUAAUCAGAGGCUUGAGUUCUUGGGCGAUACCGUUUUACAACUUAUUGCUUCCGAAUACUUGUACAAAUUCUUCCCCGAACAUCACGAAGGGCAUUUAUCCUUGUUGAGAAGUUCACUAGUCAACAAUAGAACGCAGGCGGUGGUGUGCGAUGACCUGGGGAUGUCGAGCUAUGCGGUAUACAACAAUCCAAAAGCGGAUCUAAAGACAAAGGACCGUGCGGAUUUACUGGAGGCUUUUAUUGGUGCUUUGUAUGUGGACCAGGGACUGCUCGCGUGUGAAGUCUUCUGCCAGGUAACGUUGUUCCCGCGUUUACAGGACUUCAUCAUGAAUCAGGAUUGGAACGAUCCAAAAUCAAAGUUGCAACAAUGUUGUCUUACUUUGAGGACCAUGGAUGGCGGAGAACCGGAUAUUCCUGUGUACAAAGUUAUUGAGUGUAAAGGACCAACUAACACACGAGUGUACACAGUGGCGGUGUAUUUUCGAGGUCGUCGACUGGCUAGUGCAGUAGGUCACAGUAUUCAGCAAGCAGAAAUGAAUGCGGCUAAGAAAGCUCUUGAAAUAUCACAUGAUUUAUUCCCGCAGUUGGAUCAUCAAAAGCGUGUGAUUGCCAAAAGUAUGAAGAAGCAAAAGCCGGAUAGUAAGCGUUCUAGAUCUCGUAGCAAAUCGCCCACGGAUAUUAUGAACCCUAAGUCACCGACGAGUUACUCCAAGCAUCGAUUCAAGGAGGAUUCGCCGGAGAGUUCUACGUCACCUUCCAAUGACAGUUAGAGCGACAUUUUAGUUUAAAACUGUGUACGAUUUAUGCAAAUUUUAAUUUGGGGAGGAAUUAAUUGUUGAUUGAAUGAUGGAUGGCCAUAAAAAUAUGAAGGUAUAAAAAUAGUGCAUAGAAAUAAAAAAGCAAUUAAUUCAA